UGCAGCAGGCAUUGGAUUUACAAAUUUGUUUGUAUCACACGUGUAUAUUCUGUUGCAGAUGAAAAUGAAGCAGCCCCCGGAAAUCCAGGGUGACAUCCUGAACAGACUACUUCAAGGUCUUCCUUAUGUUUCACCUGCCCAAAUGCACCUUGAACAAGCUACCACGUCUAGAACAGUCCUGCAAGAAGAAAAACAAGGACAUGACACAACCGGGCCAAGGACACUGAAGACAGCUAUCAGGGAGCUUGCAAACCAGGCUACAGAGGUGUCGGUAGAAGAUGUUUUCUGCAGCCUCUGUCAACUGCGUGGUUCUGAUGACAUUGAGAAAAUAGAACGUGCUACGAGAGGGCAGAGCACCAACAAUUUCUGGCUGGAGCACCGCAUUGGUAUGAUAACUGCAUCAGUAGCCCACAAUGUUUUCACAAGAGUGCAUACUAUUCGGACAAAAAUGGGGCCUCAUGAUGUGCGCCCUCUGUUGAAACAGUUAAUGCGAGAAAAAUGUGUAAAGACGGGAGACAUGCAGAGAGGCAUCAGUCUUGAGCCAACUGCUAAGACCUGCUAUUUGGAACAAAAUAACCACCACAAUAAUCUUUGUAUUCAAGAAUGUGGCCUAUUUGUGCUCCAGGACAAGCCAUUCAUUGGUGCAAGCCCUGAUGGUGUUGUCACGUGUGCUUGCUGCCCACCAAGACUUCUGGAGGUGAAAUGCCCCAAGAGCGUAGAGAAAUUUAUUAAGUCAGAAACACGUUGUGAAGGUGGCACCAGGCACAUAAAGCACACAAGCCGCUACUUCUGUCAAGCACAGGUGCAGAUGGGAGCUACGAGCUUUAGUGCAACCGACAUGUUUGUUUAUGUCAGUCAGACAGAGAACAUAACUCUGAAUGUGCCUUUCUCGCAACCUUAUUUUGAAGAUGUAAUUGAAAGGUGUACUUUUUUUUUAGGCAAUAUCUUUUGCCACAUAUUCUUCAUUUGGUACAGUAAGAAUGUUGUAUGACGGAGAGGCAUAAGCUGUGAUAAGCAGUAAAAAGUGCACAGGCUUUUAGUGCUGAAGUUUUUUUUUACUUACAGGUAUAGUCAAAUGUUCAUGAGAUGAGGCACCACAACAAAACUUUCUUGGCUUAGGUGCAUAGCCUAGAAAUUUGCAAUGCAUGCAGUAGUGUACAACAUAACGUUUAAAUGGCUGCAAGCAGAGCUGGCACUGAAAUUUGAUGUCUUUUUGUAAAAGCCUUUUCAUGUAAACUCCUGGUGCUGCUGGCAGAGAUGUGUCUGCAUUUGCAAAUCACAAAACAGUAUUGAUGAGCGUGCACUGACGAGACGAUUAGCAUGUAUUGACGACAAACUUUAGCACAAUCAGAACACGAGGAAGUAGAACAAGGUACUACUUAAUGAACUAAGAGUACUGCCCUUUACUGCCACUGUGUAUUGAUACGACUUACUUUUUCAAGUGUGGAUGUCACUGGUUAUAAAUAGCCUGAGGUAUACAUGUAACGUUACUACCAUAACUUGGCUUUGCUACACCUUGUACUUUUCUUAUGUUCAGCAGACCAGCCGAUAGAGCGCAAUUCAUUAAAGGAAACACCAGUGACAUGAGAUAACAGCCACAAGCGCUUUUGCUGGUUGCAUCUGUGUUAUAUUAAGGCUCAGGGGAAAGCUAAU